AUGCGGGCAGGCAGUACUCUGACGGGCCGGGCGAGCGAGCCUCUUUUGCCCAGUCGGCCUGGCCGCCUUCGUCUCGUCUGGAAACCCGUCGAGUUGCGGCUCUUCUUCCACUUUCGACCACGACCACAUCAUCUCCAUCUCGUCCCUUCCCGCUCCCCCUUCUCGUCCCGCCUAUCGUCGCACCUUGCCCCCUUCUUUCUCUGCUCAUCCUUCUCAUCCAGCCUCGUAGCUUUCUGGAUCAAUCCCUCUGCUUCGCAGCACCUCAAGAACAUCUCCAGCAUCCCCCCUCCCUGCUUUCUAGCUUCGGAUCGUCGCUCUGCUCGUGUUGCCCACCCCAACGGCAACGGCAGCCAACGCUCGCGCAACAUGACCACGCAAAGUGGCGAGCUUCAGGCGCGGCUCGACCGCUGGUCGGCCAGGCUUCAGUCUCUGCCCAGCAUCGCCCUCCCCACAGACUACCCAAGACCCGCCACGUCGCAGCUGGUACAGGCACUCGCGUCCGCGCCCCUCUCGCCCUCGGCCCGCAAGAAUCUCGUACGCCUCGCACUCCACCACGAGCUAGAUGCGCAUCCGACUUCGGACCCGGACGCCACGGUCAACAGCAGCGACGACGACGACGACGACGACGACCGGGAAGAUGCAGCCAGCCCGACGCCCUUCCACCUGCUCCUCGCCGCCUUCGCCGUCCUGCUGCACCGAUACACGGGCGACACGGACCUCGUCAUCGGCUCGUCGGACCCGCAUACCGGCGACCCGCUCAUCCUCCGCAUCCCCAUCGAGCCCAACGACCCCUUCUGGCAGAUUGUCCGCCGCAUCCAGCAGGUCGAGCGCGAGGCCGCCGCCGACGCCGUCCCCUACGAGGACAUCGUCAAGCGGGUCGCAGCGGAAAAGGCGGAGCGCGAGGGUCCGCUGCCCGAAGGCGUGCAGACGGCGCCCAUCUUCCGCGUCCGCUUCUUUGACGAGACUGGCGGCAAGUCGAGAAACUUCAUGCAGUCGACCUCGCUCACCACCGACCUCACCGUCUUCCUCACCAAGCCCGGCGUGGUGCCCGGCGACGCCAGCGCAGAGGCGAACGAUGCAGCCGCCACGCCCACCGCCUCUUCGUCCGACGUCAAGGCCAGCACCUUCCACGACUCGCUCGUGCCCAACAUCGCCGUCCACCUGUCGUACAACUCGCUCAUCUUUUCGUCGCAGAGGAUGAAGCUGGUCCUGGCGCAGCUCUCGCAGCUCAUCACCGUCGCCGCAUCCAACCCGGCCGCACCGGUCGGGAGCAUGCCCAUCCGCACGGCGACAGAGGACAAGUUCCUCCCGGACCCCACCACCGACCUCGACUGGUGCGGCUGGAAGGGAGCCAUCACACAGAUCUUUGAGCGCAACGCACGGUCCCACCCGGACCGCCGUUGCAUCGUCGAGUCACUGUCGGCAUCGACCGACUCGCUGGCCGAGAUGGCGCCGCCCGCCAGCAAGCUGCGCGAGAUCACCUACGGCCAGCUCGACCGCGCUUCCAACGUCGUGGCCCACCAGCUGCUGCGUGCCGGCGUCCAGCGCGAGGAGGUCGUGACGACGUACGCCUACCGUGGCGUCGACCUCGUCGUCGCCGUCCUCGGAACGCUCAAGGCCGGUGCCACGUUCAGCGUCAUCGACCCGGCCUACCCGCCGUCCCGACAGAACAUCUACCUCCAGGUGGCCAAGCCCCGCGCGCUCAUCGUGCUGGCCAAGGCCGGCAAGCUCCAUGCCAGCGUCCGCAAGUGCAUCCAAGACGAGCUCGACCUCCGCAUCGAGAUCCCCGCCCUCGAGCUGCUCGAUGACGGCAGCGUCCUCGGUGGCUCGCCCGCCUCUGGCCAGCCGGAUGCACUCGACGGGGCCCAGGCGUCGGCUGGCGAGAGCACCAACGUUGUCCUCGGCCCCGACAGCGUCGGCACGCUCUCUUUUACCUCGGGCUCGACCGGCAUCCCCAAGGGCGUCAAGGGACGCCACCACUCGUUGACCCACUUCUUCCCCUGGAUGGGCGAGCGCUUCGGGCUCGGCAGCCACGAGCGGUUCACGAUGCUCUCGGGCAUCGCCCACGACCCGAUCCAGCGCGACAUCUUUACCCCGCUCUUCUUUGGUGCCGAGCUGCACAUUCCCACGUCCGAAGACAUCGGCACUCCUGGCCGGCUGGCCGAGUGGAUGGCGGCCACCAAGGCCACCGUCACCCACCUCACCCCGGCCAUGGGUCAGCUGCUUAGCGCGCAGGCGACGGCGUCCAUCCCCAGCCUCCGCAACGCCUUCUUCGUCGGCGACGUGCUGACCAAGCGCGACUGCACCCGCCUUCAGGCCCUCGCCUCCAAUGUCUGCAUCAUCAACAUGUACGGCACCACCGAGACGCAGCGUGCCGUCAGCUACUUUGCCAUCCCGUCGGUGUCUGAUUCGUCGACGUUCCUGCAGACGCAGAAGGACAUCAUGCCCGCCGGCCAGGGCAUGAAGAACGUCCAGCUGCUCGUCGUCAACCGCAACGAGCGCACCGCCACGUGUGCCGUCGGCGAGGUGGGCGAGAUCUACGUCAGGAGCGGCGGCCUUGCCGAGGGAUACCUAGGACCCCCCGAGGUGACGGCCGAGAAGUUCAUGCCCAACUUCCUUGCUCCCAACCUCAGCUUUGCCGAUACGAUCAAGGACAAGCCCGAGGGCCAGUUCUGGAAGGGCAUCCGUGACCGCAUGUACCGCACCGGCGACCUCGGCCGAUACCUGCCCGACGGCACCGUCGAGUGCACGGGCCGCGCCGACGAUCAGGUCAAGAUCCGCGGCUUCCGCAUCGAACUCGGCGAGAUCGACACCCAUUUGUCGCGCCACCCGCACGUCCGCGAGAACGUCACGCUGGUGCGACGAGACAAGGACGAGGAAAAGGUGCUCGUCUCGUACUUCGUCCCCGGGCCUGGAGCCGCCGAGCUCGAAGAGAGGAGCAGCGCGGGAGAAGACGCCGCUGGUGCCGCCGACGGGGCCAAGGCCAGCCGCGACGCCCACCUGGUGCGCGGCAUGCGACGCCACCGCAAGCUGAUCAAGGACAUCCGCGACCACCUCAAGAAGAAGCUGCCGGCCUACUCGGUGCCCACACUCUUCGUUCCCCUCGGCAAGAUGCCGCUGAACCCUAACGGCAAGAUCGACAAGCCGGCCCUCCCCUUCCCCGACACCGCCGUCGCCUCGGCAGCCGCGUCGGGAUCGGCCGCCCGCGGCGACGGAGGCAACGCCGCUGCGGCCGCCGCCCACGCCAACGCCACGCCCACCGAAAAGGUCAUCGUCGAGCUGUGGAAGAAGCUGCUGCCGAACGCGCCGCAGCCCAUCCCUCUCGACGAGAGCUUCUUUGACCUUGGCGGCCACUCGAUCCUCGCCACCCGCCUCGUCUUCGAGAUGCGCAAGGCCUUCGUCGUCAACGUGCCGCUCGGCGUCGUGUUUGACUCGCCCAGCGUCAGCGGUCUGGCGGCCGAGGUGGACAAGCUGAGGCAGGGCGACCUCGACGUCGGCGGUGCUGCAGCUGCCACGGCUGGAGGCAAGGCCGACGCUUCCGGCAAGGAGGUCAACCUCGACGACGACUACGGCAGUGACGUGGCCACCCUCUCGCAGGGCCUGCCCGCGACCUUUGCGGGCGACAAGGUCCGCAGGGCCGAAGACGGUCCUCGCACCGUUCUUCUCACUGGCGCCACGGGCUUCCUCGGCGCCUUUAUCCUGCGCGACCUGCUCGCCAACCGAUCCGAGAGCGUCGGCAAGGUCUAUGCCCACGUCCGUGCCAAGGACGUCGCCACCGCCCUGGACCGCCUGCGCGAGGGAGGCGAGGGACGCGGCAUCUGGGACGAGGAGUGGGUCAAGAGCGGCAGGCUCGAGGCCGUCGUCGGCGACCUCGCUGCGCCGCAGCGCCUCGGCAUGGCUGAAGACGUCUACGCCAGGCUGGCCGACGAGGUCGACGACGUGCUCCACAACGGAGCGCUGGUCCACUGGGUCUACCCGUACAGCAAGCUGCGGGCCGCCAACGUCGGAUCGACGGUGUGCGCCAUCAAGUUCUGCAACGCCGGCAAGAAGGCCAAGACGCUGACCUUUGUCUCGUCGACGGCGGCCGUCGACUCCGAGUACCACAUCCGCCUCUCGGACUCGAUCGUCCACCAGCGCGACGCCAUCGUCGCCGAGGACGGCACGCCCUACCUCGGCGUCCCCGAGACCGACGACAUGGAGGCCAACCUCAAGGGCCUCAAGUCGGGCUACGGCCAGUCGAAGCUCGUGUCCGAGAAGCUCAUCAUGCUGGCCGCCUCGCGCGGCCUCAAGGCGUCGAUUGUGCGCCCCGGCUACGUUCUGGGCGACUCCAAGACGGCCAUGUCCAACACCGACGACUUCCUGUGGCGCAUGGUCAAGGGGUGCAUCCAGCUGGGCCUGAUGCCCGACAUGCACAACACGAUCAACAUGACGCCCGUCGAGCACGUGGCGCGCAUCUGCUCGCUGGCGUCGCUCGACAUUGGGCGCAACCUGGAGCAGGCCAACCGGGUGCGCGGCACGCACGCCAAGGUGUAUCACGUCACGGGACGUCCCGUGAUCCGGUUCAACGACCUGCUGGGCCAGCUGGCGCCGCACGGCUGGAAGGUCGACAAGAUCGAGUACGUCCAGUGGCGCAGUCGGCUCGAGGAGCACGUUCUCAGCUCGAGCGCCAUCGCGCCCGACGACAACGCCCUCUUCCCCCUGCUCCACUACGUGCUCGACGACCUGCCCACGUCGUCCAAGUCGCCCGAGCUCGACGACCGUCACACCCAGGCACUCCUCGACGCCGCCGGCGAGGGACAGCGCCAGGGCACCGUCAUGGGCGUCGACCGCAGGCUCGUCUCCAUCUACCUCUCUUGGAUGGUGGCCGUCGGCUUCCUUCCGCCGCCCACGGAGAAGGGUGAGCCGCUGCCCGAGAUUGAGGGCGUCAAGGCGGGUCAGGUCCGCGCCAUCGGACGCGGCUCGGCCAACUGA